AUGAGUGCCUCAGGGCUGUGCCAGGCUCCCAAGAGCUGCCUCUCACUUCUCCCAGGAUCUGAGGCUGCUGGCCGAGCCCAGGUGCCAACACUGCUGGCCCGGGGUCACCGUCCCCUGCAUCCCCCAACCCUGCACAUGGUCAUUGAGGCACUAGAGGCCCAGGGCCAAGACCAGAAAAAGGGGGUUUCUGUGGUUGCCAUCAAGAGGUUCAUCCUGAGCAAGUACCCUGCUGUGGACCCCAUCCGCCUCAAGUACCUCCUGAAGCAGGCCCUGUGCAAGGGGCUGAGCCAUGGGGACCUGGUGCGACCCCACAACUCCUCUGCCAUGGGUGCCACUGGGCGCUUCAAGUUAGCUCCCAAGAAGCCACAGAAGAAGCGAUCACCAGGCCAGGCAGAUCCUGACAGAGGACAAGCCCCAGAAGCAGGAGGCAAAGGCAGCAGCAAGACCCUCCAGGCCCCCACAGCAGGAGGCACCAAGGAGGAGAAGCCACUAGUGGCAAAGAAGCCAGCAGCAGUGAAGAAGCCAAAGGCAAAGCUUGUGGAUGUGAGCAAAAGCUGUUCCCGGCCCCCCAUGGCUGCGGCUGCUAAGAACACAGGACGGGGCCCUGACACCGCCCCCGCGGGCGCUGCAGCCGAACAGCCUCGAGAAGCCCCAGCGGGACAGAGCAAGCGGAAGGCACCCAAGGCAGUGCAGAAAGACCCCCUUGAGGCAAAGAGGGGCCCAGGCAAGGCGGGGAAGCCACGGGUGACUCCGGGAGCUGGCAAGGGGAAGGCAGCCCCCAAAGCUGCAGACAGGAAGGCUCCAUAG